AUGGUGCAAUGUGGAAUAAGCCUUCUCUCUACACACGCCACAAACAGUUGCUUGAGUCGGAAAUAUUUUGGGGUGAGCUCGGUUCACAGUAUGGCUCUGCGUGCCUGUGGCUUUAUCGUUUUCCGCCGUGUUCCCCCGGAGUGUCUGGAGUAUCUCCUGCUGCAGACAUCGUAUGGAAGUCACCACUGGACUCCCCCCAAAGGGCAUGUGGACCCGGGGGAGGACGACUUCACCACGGCGUUGAGGGAGACGCAGGAGGAGGCAGGGCUUAGCGAGGCCGACCUCAGCGUCUGGGCAGGGUUUGUGCGUACGCUGAAGUACGAGGUCAAAGGUCGGCCCAAAGACGUGUUGUACUGGCUGGCCGAGCUACGCAACCCAAACAAGAUCAUCACACUGUCCAAGGAGCACCAGGCCCUCCGCUGGGCUCCUCUGGAGGAGGCAUGUGCUCUUGUGGGGUUCAAAGAGAUGAAGGAGGUGCUGAGGGAGGUGGAGGAGGUGGUGAGGAAGAAGAUAAAGGAGGGGGAGGAAGAGCUGUGA